AUCUCGAGAAAUUCUUCAUAUUGAAGUAAUCAGGAAAGAACUUCAACAAAGGCAAAAUGCUAUAGAAAAAAUUAAACAAAAUCUUAUUAAAUAUCUGGAUGCUCAAAAAGAAGGUCGAUCACUUCAUAUGGAUAACUUAAUUGAACUUUGUGAUAGUCUUUAUCAAAGUAUGAUUGUCGGAGAAAAUAAGGAUAAUGUGCAAUUACUUACUAUCGCAAUUGUAUUCGCAUUUGUUCAUCUUACAAUUUUGAGAGAAAGGAAUAGGCAUUAUAAGGAAUAUAAGCAAUAUUUUAUAGAUAUGUAUGAAAAAUGGGAAGAUUGGCGUAAAA